GAUUUGGAGAAGGCGAUGAUGAUAAAAAGAUGGCUAGAAGAGCUCCUUGAUGAUGCAAAGGCAACGAGGCCAAUGAUGGAGCGGGCACUACACCUGCCCAUAACACAAAUGUCUUCCUCUGAUAAGUACAGUAAGCUCAUCCAAAGUCUGAAAGAGUUCAACCUUGUCGUGGCCGACGACUCGGUGUCCCCUCCACAGCCACAACAAACUCCUAAUCGGCGCGACAUUGGCAGACCAAGCGAAAACGCCACCUCAUUCAGCAGCAUCGCGGUGAAGUCUCGGGUGAAGCCGUUCCUAGACGGUCUACAAAAAGGCCACACGGAGGGACAAUUGAGACAGCACUUUGCCCAAUACGGUACUCUCACUGAGUGCAGCAUUGCGAGGGACUACAAUACGGACGAAUCAAGGGGGCUUGGCUUUGUCGCCUUCAGUGAGGUGGAAGACGCCUCUCGUGCGUUGGCUGCCAGCCCCUACCGACUCAACGAUAGCCUCGUGUAUGCGAGACCCUACAAGCUGAGGACGGUGAAGGAGAAGGGGAUAGAAGAGGCAUUACUUUCUUCUUGUCCUGCCAACUUUAACUGGGCAGUGACAAAGUUUGUUGGCAGAUUUACGCGUGGAGAAACAUUGGCUAUUAAAAAUGAUGUUUUGCCAAUUUUCGUGAUGCGUUGGCGAAUUUGUUGCAGGAAUGGAGACGAGAGUGGGGAGAAGAAAGACGAAGACUGUAAAACCAGCAAGAGAAGAAGGGUUAAUGAGACGCGCCUAUUUGUUCGUUACCCAAAUCUCUCCACCUCGCAACAGACAAUGAAGGAAUACUUUUCUCAAUUCGGCAACGUAAAACAUGUCAUUCUAGUGCUAGAUAAGAAGACCAAGAUGCCACAAGGCACAGCCUUUGUGGACAUGGCCACAUCUCAGGAGGUGGAAACUGUUCUCGAGGCGCGCCCCCAUCAACUGAAUGGAGAGAGUAUUGUCGUGAAACAGACACGUUCGCGACAGAGGUGA